AUGGUACUCUUCAAAUCCGCGUCAUCGCUCCUUUCUACCUCUUCAGAAAGAGUUAGUCAGCUUGCAUCCACCUUGCGAGCUCGACAUGUCAUCAUGCUCUCUGGUGUCACCUUCAGGUAUAAGUCUACUGUAUCAACCAAAGCAGCUUCAAAGAGCUCGACAGCUGCAGCCAAGAAGGCCGCUGCUGCUGCGAAGAAAGCGUUUUCCUUCGAAUCUGCUUUGACCGAAGUUACCGAAACAGAAGCUAACCCGACAAACAACGGCAUAAAGAGCGUUGCUCCAAAGAAGGGCUCUUCAGAGAGCAUCGCUUCUAAGAAGAAGUCUUACCCAAAGGUUGGAUCCACGUUGACAUCCGCUGUUCAGGGACCAGGAUCUGGGAACAAUCCUGCACCUGGUGAUGCUGAACCGAGGUCUAUCAUUGCUAUUGAUAAGUAUGUUGCGAAGAUCAUGCAGCACAACCUCAAGCAGGAGAAGACCGAAGUCGACAAGUCGAACACAGGAGGGUGGAAUGGCGAUAAGAUUUUUCCGGGCAAGACUUGCGACAUAGCCCAACAGUGGAUCAGGGAGAAUGAAGACUUCAUCGAUGGUCUUCCACCAAAUGGAUUGAGCAUCUGUAAACUCAUGCUUGAGCUCGUACGAAGGGAUACUUGGGGGAUCAUCAUACGUGAAAAGUUGAACACUUCUCGUGUCAAGCCGUCUCCUUAUAACAAACAGAUUGAAGAGGUAAAAGAGGUUUUUGAACCUUUCAAGAUUAUAUUGGACCGAGAUGGCGAUAGGUGGAGCUUUCAGAUUGAACAUGUUGCCGGGACUAAAGCGUCCUUCGUCUGUAGUCUCCGUGUCAAUAAUUCUAUUAAGGGUGUUGUAAUGCUUCACUUUUCCCUCAAAACUUCCGCACGGUUUAUCAAUUACAUCCCCGUGGAAGGUCACCGAGAAGGAAGUAAACUUAUGCCAUAUAUCCGCAAAAUCAUGCCAAAAGUAGACCCAGUCGAUCCUGGUCAAAAGUAUAGCGUUCAAGAGAUAUUCUCUGCGCUUAUAAACUGUGUUCGCGCUCUCCGUCCCAAACUACAAAUGAAGUCAGGAAAGGUAAAGACUAAGAACGCUAAGAGCGGCAGCGGAGCUACAUCUCCCUCCAAAUCUUUUAUCAAGGGCAAGAAAGGAGACACUGUCACAUUGAAAGCUCUUGCUAAGGAAGAUCCUGUCAACGUCCCGAGAAAAGAAGACAUGGAGCAGGAGAAACUCGCUCAUGCCGGAGAGUCUUUCUUGGGAGAGUUUCUUAUGGCAAAAAUGCUCACCGAGCUUGAAUCCAUAAGAAGCGACAAACUCGAAACUUCUUCGCAGAAAUAG